UAUGCCUGCCAACGGUGUGUGUAGUGUCGGUUUGGAGGUGAUCGAGGAUAAUGCGGCCACCUAUGCCAGCGGCUCGGACAGUGCCGGUGUCUCGGAGGAUGAAGAUGUGCAGCAACUGUUCGUGAGCGGUACAGAUCGCGUGACGAGUGUGUCCCUCCAGCCGAAGAAGUCGGCAGAAGCGCGCACCAAGUUGUCACCCCUCGGGGAUGAAAGCAAACAGGCGGUAUCGGAAAAACGGUACGCAAGUCUGCCAAACCGUGAGCAGCAUCAGCAAUUCUUGACCGAGUUCCUAACGGAGGUGCUCAACUCGGCUGUCUUCAAUGCGACCGAUCGUUCGAACAAAGUCCUCAACUGGGUCGAUCCGGAGGAGCUAAAGCGUACGCUCGAUCUCGCCAUCAAGGACGAGCCGGAUACGCACGAAAAGUUGCUGGAACUGACGCGUGCCACCAUACGGCACUCGGUAAAGACGGGCCAUCCGUACUUUAUGAAUCAGCUGUUCUCGUCUGUCGAUCCGUACGGAUUCGCGGGCCAGGUGCUAACCGAUGCGCUCAACCCGAGUGUCUACACGUUCGAGGUGUCGCCCGUGUUUGUGCUGAUGGAGGAGGUGGUGCUGCGCGAGAUGCGCUCGAUCGUGGGCUACCCGAAUGGAGAAGGUGAUGGAAUAUUCGCGCCCGGCGGUUCGAUGGCCAACGGGUACGCAAUUAGCUGCGCUCGCCACAAGUUCAUGCCUGACAUUAAGACGAAAGGAUUGCAUGCCCUUCCACGAUUGGUUAUCUUCACAUCGGAAGACGCCCAUUACUCCGUCAAGAAGCUGGCCUCGUUUAUGGGUAUCGGUUCGGACAAUGUCUAUGCCAUCAAGACCGACAACAUUGGCAAAAUUCGAGUCGAUCAUUUAGAAAGCGAAAUCUUGCGUGCCAAAGCUGAGGGAGCGCUACCGUUCAUGGUAUCAGCGACAGCAGGAACUACCGUAAUUGGUGCAUUCGAUCCACUGGAGCAGAUUGCCGACCUGUGCGCUAAGUACAACCUCUGGAUGCACGUCGAUGCGGCUUGGGGUGGUGGUGCACUGAUGUCCAAGAAGUAUCGUACCCUGCUUAAGGGAAUCGAAAGGUCCGACUCGGUUACCUGGAAUCCACACAAGCUGCUCGCUGCCCCGCAGCAGUGCUCCACGCUGCUUACGCGCCACCGGAACAUCCUAUCUGAGUGCCACUCAACGAAUGCCACGUACCUGUUCCAGAAGGACAAAUUCUACGACACCCGGUACGAUACCGGCGACAAACACAUUCAGUGUGGCCGGCGGGCCGAUGUGCUCAAGUUUUGGUUCAUGUGGCGUGCCAAGGGAUCGGCCGGCUUCGAGCAGCACAUUGACAAGGUGUUUGAAAAUGCGGAACAUUUUACUAACAGUAUUAAAGCCCGGCCCGGCUUCGAGAUGGUCAUCGAGCAUCCCGAGUGCACGAACGUGUGCUUCUGGUAUGUGCCACCGGGGCUGCGCAGUGUACCGCGCGAGUCGGCCGAAUUCCGCGAACGGUUGCACAAGGUGGCGCCCAAGGUGAAGGAGCGCAUGAUGAAGGAAGGAUCGAUGAUGAUCACGUACCAGCCGAUCCACGACAAGCCCAACUUUUUCCGGCUGGUGCUGCAAAAUUCGUCCCUGGACAAGUCGGACAUGAAUUACAUUAUUGACGAAAUUGAGCGAUUGGGCAAGGAUUUGUAAAUGCGGC